UUUGAAAUAAAAAAAACGAAUAAAUUCGUUAUCGCGUUACAUAGUUGUGUCACGAGACAGCAAGUAGGCAACUUACUACUUUACGGCGGGUCGUAUCGAAUCACUGCCCGCAAGGAUGUUAAACUUCACAGAAUUUUUUUUUGUUGAUGCUCAAAUAUCAGUUUUUUAAAGAACGAAUGGAGUGUUAACGUAUUGGUUUAAUGUAAACACAGAAGGUAAUGCGUGGAUCAUGCUUAUGCUACACAAAGUUUGUUGUUUUCUGGAAUUGAUGCUCUUAUUCUACGAUUGAUUUAGCUAAAUCCCUGCAGGGGAUAAUGUCGAUUCAGUUAAACGAGGUAAUGUUGAAGUUGCUAACAAUGAUGGCAUAAAAUAACCGCGUCGUUAUCCACAGAAUGAGUGCAGCUACCGAAGAAAAUUUAAAGGACCGGUGUCAUUUGUAAACAACUUAGUUGGCUAACAUUUCUCAAGUGGUAUCUGUAGUUUUCUUUCUCCUGUGAAAUGUAAACUCCACGUUCCGCGCAACACGAGCAACGAGUUAGUUGAUUAUGCCUUUCUUUUUGUAAUCAACAGGCCUAAUACGCUCUGACAGCCUGCAACAGUCGGCGUCCGCAUUUGCAUAAACACUUCGCUUUCUCAUUUCUCUCUCGCGCUGUCACUAGGCAAAGCUGCCAUGUCCGGUAGGAGCUCCUCUCUCCGCGUCUGUGUGCUGGUGCUGCUCACUUUGGUCAGGCCAGCGUUCCCCCGGGGUCCCGCAGCGUCUAGCCCCCCGCAGCAGGGCCGUGACGCGGUGGGCGAGAUUAGCUGGACCCUGGGCCUGCGUCUGUACCGGGCCCUGCGUGCAGACAAGGUCCAGAACCCCCUUUUCUCCCCCUUGCUGCUGGCCAGCUCGCUGGCGGCGCUGGGCGGCAGGGCGGGGGGGUCCACAGCCCGGCAGCUCCAGGAGGCCCUUAACUCCUCCUCCUCUUCCGCGCUGCCGCUGAGCGACCAGCAGGAGGCGCUGUCCGCGGCGCUGAAGUCCGCCCGCGCCGCGAGCGAGAUUAGCUUCGACCUCCACGGCGCCUCGGCGAUCUUCACGAAGCAGGGCCCCGCCCUGGACCCGGAGUUCCUGGAGGAGGCGCGGAGCCGGUUCCUCCUGGAGCACGUUCCCCUGGGCCCCGGGGACGACCUGGAGGCCCUCCUCGCCUGGGCCAAGGCGGGCGUGGGCGGGGCCAGGGGGGCGGAUCCGGCGGGAGAGAUCAAGGCCGAACCCGGAGCGCUGAUUCUCGCCCACGCUCUGCAUUUCAGAGGUCUGUGGGACAGAGGGUUUGAGGAGGACAAACAGGACUUGCGCAAUUUUCUGGGGACCAAGUACACCAAGGUGUCCAUGAUACACAGAACAGGCGUUUUCCGGCACCACGAGGACAUGGUGAACAUGGUCCAGGUGGUAGAGCUGCCCCUGUGGAGGGGCAAGGCCAGCCUGGUGCUGCUGCUUCCCUUCCACGUGGAGCCGCUGGCCCGGCUGGACCGAAUCCUGACCCCGAAGCAGCUGGGAGAGUGGCUAAAGCAGCUGGCCGGCAUAAGCAUGGCCAUCUCCCUGCCCAGGACCACACUGACCAGCACACUCAACCUACAGAAGCAUCUGUCCGCCCUGGGACUGACGGACGCCUGGGACGGGGAGACGGCGGAUUUCUCCGGAAUGGCGGCCCAGCCUGGCGGGGCGAAGGGGAAGCUCCACCUCGGGGGGGUCCUGCACUGGGCCUCCUUGGAGCUGAGCCCCGAGGGGGGGCCCGAGGAGGAGGAGGAGGAGGAGGACGAGGUGGUGGGGAGGCCGAAGCUGUUCUACGCCGACCACUCCUUCAUCGUCAUGGUGAAGGACAACGCCACGGGGGCCCUGCUGCUGAUGGGGGCUCUCGACCGGGCGGAGGGGGCCGGCCUGCACGACGAGCUCUAGACACGCUCUCCAGCGGAAAAGGAACGACGGGCGCUCCGCUCCUGCUGGUUUAGCACCUCUUGUUUGUGGUACAGUCAGACUUUGUUUUGUAACACGUUUGCUUUUAUAUACCCAGUAUCGUUCUUCAAGUGUAACCCACCACUGACAUGGACAUUUGGGAAUACAGAUGUCUCCAGGAGUCAGGCAAGAUGGCUGCCUCUCCAGUCACAGACCGGCAGGCAGGCAGACAGACAGGCAGGCAGGCAGGCAGGCAGACAGACACAUAGACAGACAGACAGAACACGCCACACCAGUGGGACCAGCGAAGACUAGCACGCAACGUCCUGUACUUCUCACCCUGCAGUUCAGCUGCUGAGCUGCGCAGUCGUUGUGGCAGAGAACUCUGAACAGCUGCAAGCAGUUGCCCCAGGUGGACUGCAGGAGUCCGACCACACGGAGGACUUUCUGUGGGAGUACCCUACUGACCGGAGGCGCCCCUUCCUAGAUGACACUGCACCACCCACCCAUCCCGACACAGUCAAGGCACUGGGAAGGCCAGCAGUUGAUUGCAGACCGCGGGGCCACACUGCACGAGCAUAACAUUUAAAUUUUUCAUUUUAUGUCACAUCACAUUUACCAAACCAUUGAGCACAUUUCAAUUUUGUGAAUGUCUUCGCUUUGAAGCUAAUACAGUGAGAUAUAUAUAUAUAUAUAUAUAUAUAUAUAAUGGUCAUUUCAACCACAUAGUGGAUAUUACAGUAGCACCUGUAUUUAAAUAAAUACUGUGCAAUUCUA